AUGAUUGAGAAGAGGAGAGCCAGACUAAUCUCCAAGUUAUCGCCAUUGUCAUUGGAAGAACCGUGGCGAAAUGCGACUGCCAUCAAAAUCUCUAACUGCUACGAGCCGGAGAGAGAUGAGCGCAGUGAAUGGUCAUUUGUUACGGCGACUCUUUAUGGAUUUGGAAUUGUCACAACUCUUGGCUACAAUCGCAUUGCACCAAUUACCUAUGCUGGACGACUGUUUUGUAUUGUAUACGGGAUUUGUGGUAUUCCAAUUACGAUGAUUAUAAUUGCAAAUGUUGGACAAUACCUCAAUAAUUUCGCUGGAGACUCUAGAAGGAAGCUCGAAGCUUAUCGCACACAACGGCGAAUGUCACGAGCUUCACUAUCCGGAAAGCAGUAUAAGGAGUCUUCCAUUCAAGUAACAUCUCUCGCCCUACUAAUUGCCUUUUUAAUCUACGUUGCUAUGGGCGCUUUACUACUGCCAGCACUAAACGGACAGAUAGAUUUCUUCAACGGGCUUUACUUUAACUUUUUGUGCCUUACUGCAAUAGAUUUUGGUCAACUUGUCCCUACAAGGUGCGCAUUUUUCAAAACCAAGGUAGCAUUUUUACCCAUAACGUUUUUGUAUGUAUGUUUAGGACUGGCAAUAACUACUAUAGCUAUAGACGUUGGUUCCGAAUAUAUGAAGAAGCUGCACUACCUCGGAAAAAAGAUGAAGAAUGCGGCUUCCACGAAAAUUUGGUUUGGUGGUAAAACACUUAAAGUUCGUGAUCUGUUGCAUGCUGUUGGAAAGAAGUGCGGAGUCGAGCCAGGCAUGAUAGAUGCUUUGGAUCUUGAGAAUGUUGUUGAACGGACCAUUGCAAUGCAGGAAGGUCGUGAACCUCCUGAGGAUACAAACGAAGAGCUAGAUAGAAAAUCCAUAACAGAGGCUCGUGCUCCUCCUUCACCGGAUAGACAACCAAGUGAACAAAGCUCAUCAGAGGGUAGCCCGUUCCUUUCUGCGCGAUUUUGA